AUUGGUCAGUAUUCAGUAACAAGCAUUGUGCUAGAACACAACAAAGUAAAAUAAUUAUUUGAAAAUCAAAAUGGUACUCAAAACUACUUUACUAUUUCUGUGCGCUGUUUUGGUUGGAAUUACCGCUGCUAAAAAGGCAACAAUCGGUGUUCCAUCUGAUAUUGUGGGCCUGAUAACGGAAAAGUCCGUAGAAUGUAUCGCCGAAACUGGAGCAGAUGUUAACAUUCUACAGCGUAUCUUCAAUUGGCAGUUCGACAAUAAUAAGACGAGCAAAAAGUUCUCUUUCUGUCUCUUCAAGAAAGCCGGCUUCAGUGACGACACAGGACAUUUCCAUAAGGAUAAGAUCUUGGCUUUGUAUGAAAAGAGUGACAAGAAAGAGGAGAUUAAAGCAGCUGUUAUGGCAUGUGACAAAAUAUCUGAGAAAAAUCCAUUGGAGACAAUGUAUAAAGUUAUUCUCUGCUUCUUCGACAAAACACCAGUACUGCUCGAAGUGAAAUUGGAUUAAAACUGUACCAACUGUUUAGUAACACUGUUAUUGGUUGUUUGUUUGUAUACACAGUAGUUUCUAGAUCAAUGUUGUAAAGGUUUUGUUAAUAAAUGGCUAUUUAUU